CAUCCUAAAGCAUUUUAGCUCCAAAAACUAGCAUCUUAUUUACAACUAUCUUUUCUCAACUUUCUCUUCCCAAGUAUCAUCUUAUAAAACAUGGGUUUUCGUUUACCUGGUAUCAGAAAGGCAUCUCUUCGAGCAAUCCAAGCAUCUUCAAAAGUUGUGGAUGUACCAAAGGGUUACAUUGCAGUCUAUGUUGGAGAUCAAAGGAAGCGGUUUAUGAUCCCUGUGUCAUACUUGAACCAACCUUCAUUUCAGGAUCUGUUGAGUCAAGCUGAGGAAGAAUUUGGCUAUGACCAUCCAACUGGUGGUCUCACAAUUCCUUGUGGAGAAGAUGUGUUCUUAGAUAUCACUUCUCGCUUCGAUAGCUGCUAACUGCAUGAAGAUGGAACUCACUUAGAUGUAGACAUAUACUUGACACAUUUUUGUAUCAUAGUUUCUUACCUUGAGAAUAUUUCCCUCUCCAUGUUUGUUGUCUGAAUUUGUAAAUGAAAUUUAGUCUGAAUGAGAAAGUUUGGGAACUCUAACCUUUUUCACGUUUUA